GAGAACGCAACCGCUGCGGUUUCGGUUGCUCUGCUUCUCUGAUUAGGCGCCUCAAGUGAGCGAGCGAUUUUUUUGCAAAAACGGCUCGUGGAAAAUAAUUCAGUUUUCUUCAUUCCGCCGCCGACGACGCAAGCGCUCGGUUGUGUGCUCGCUCGAGAGUUUCCACCCGCCCACUAAUCACUCCUCGAUUCGCGCUCGAGUGCCGCGCUGGAUUCCUGGAGUCUUCAAGUGAAUCGCAAGCCUUCGACUGGAAUUCCGGCUUACAAGCAGCACCCCCAACACACCGAUCCCAGCCAGAAGCCAUGACCGAGAAUGAGCCGCUGAACGAUGUGCAGAGCCAGGUGAACGCCCGCAUCCUGCCCGCCGCCAAUGGACACUCCAACGGCCUGGUCCAUGCCAAUGGAAAGGAUUCGAUGAAGCCUCCUCCACCGGUUCAGAAUGGGAACGGGACACACAUCGAGGCGCCCUGCUGUCGGGACAUACACGGCAAGGAGCCUCCGGAUGGGGGAGCCCGUGCCUGGUUGGUCAUGGUGAGCGCCUUCCUCUGCAACGGCAUCAUCUUCGGAUUCAUCAACACAUACGGCGUGAUCCACUCACUGCUGACGGAGCGUCUCACCAAACUCGGCGACCCGGAGGCCUCCAGCAAGGCGGCUCUGAUUGGAGCCCUGGCCAUCGGCACCACAUUCCUCUUCUCCACAAUGGCCGGCUGCCUCACGGACAAGAUUGGACUGCGGCUGACCACAUUCGCCGGCGGAGUCCUCUCGGCAGGAGGACUGCUGCUGUCCUCGUUCUGCACCGAGAACAUCGGCGCCCUGUACUUCACCUACGGGAUCAUGUUUGGCCUGGGAGCGGCCCUCGCCUACACGCCCACACUGGCCAUCCUGGGCCAUUACUUCAAGCGCUACCUGGGCAAGGUGAGUGGCUUUGUGACCGCCGGCUCCAGCGUUUUCACUGUGAUACUGCCGCCCUGUCUGGACAAGCUCCUGGCCAGCUAUGGUCUGGAGGGGACUCUGAGGAUAAUGAGCCUCGUGUCCGCUUUCAUUAUCGUUUGCUCCUUCGUUUACAAGCCACUUCAUCCUCCACCAGAGCCGCCCAAGAAGAAACCAGGAAGAUCUCGCUUUAAUCUCUUCAUGCGCUCUAUUAUAAAUGUGGAGAUCUGGAAGCGCAAACGCUUCGUCAUCUGGGCUCUGUGCGUGCCCCUUGCACUGUUCGGAUACUUUGUGCCCUAUGUGCACAUGAUGCAGUUCGUGAAAACCACUUUUCCGGGCGAGGAUGUCAACCUGCCGGUCAUGUGCAUCGGUAUAACUUCCGGCAUCGGACGCCUGAUCUUCGGCGUUAUUGCUGAUAUGCCGGGUGUGAACCGCAUGUACCUGCAGCAGCUGUCGCUGGUGUCCAUUGGCCUGGUCACUCUGCUCCUGCCCCUUACCAACUCCUAUGUGGUCCUCGUCUCGUUCACCCUGGUCAUGGGUCUCUUCGAUGGCUGCUUCAUUUCGCUGCUGGGACCGAUUGCCUACGAGAUCUGUGGUCCUUCGGGGGCCACGCAGGCCAUUGGAUUCCUGCUGGGCCUUAGCUCCAUUCCGCUUACAGUGGGACCACCGGUGGCGGGCAUGAUCUUCGACAGCACGAAUUCGUACACACUGCCUCUGAUCCUCGCUGGACUGCCCCCACUGCUGGGCUCGUCUUUACUAUUCCUGAUCAAGUGCGUCAAGGAAGAGGAGAACGGAGUCAGUGCGCCGCGAGCUGUGGUCCUGGCCAACGGUGACAUCGAGAUUGCCGGCAACGGCCAUUUUCAGUCGGGUGGCACCAAGUCCAGCACGCCGUUGAUGGGUGCCACUAACGGUGUCCAUGGAAGUGGAGGAGCGGCUCCAACGAUCCAGAGCAACGGACACGUGGACAAUGGAACUGGUGCGUACCCCGACUCGCCUUGGCCUAGCCCCACUUGCAUCUCAGACUCUGCCGCCUGCGACCAUCCCAGUAGCUCGCUUCACACUAACCCGGGCCCUCUGCUGCCCAGCUGCUCACACACUGCCCUGCUGGGUGGGGCCUCCAGCCCCAGCAUGUCCCUGCCCCUGACUGACGACCCCAAGAGGCGUCGCUAUAACUAUUCCAUAUACUAACCCACACACUGCCUAGUCGCUAGCUUUCUCUGCUUCGCCUGCUGUAAGCCCUUUCUUGGGUACUUUGCCUUCUUGGUGUGGAACGAGUUUGUAAUCGAAUAGCAUGACUAAGACGCACUGCUGACCUCCCCACAUUCCACAUCCCACGUUUCUAACCCAGCACCUGCAUCCCUUGCACCCGUAUCCCAUUCCCAUUGCUUUGUAGAUCGUAAGCCUCAUCGACUGGGACGUGCUGUAAAUAAAUGCCAGCUUAUGUCGCAUAUAACUCGCUGACUGUUUCGGAGUCGUUGCAUGGGCAGGCUCGAUUCGCUCGACCAG